CUUCUUCAUACUUCCGGUGGUCUUUCGCUCCCUCACAAGGGAAAGUAACGUAAAAAACCACUUUCCCUCUCUUUGCAUCCAAACGCAUAUAAGAUAAAUGCAAGGGAUGGAGAAGGAUUUCGAACUCGUUGAGGAGUAUUCUCCAUCACCGGUGAUCGGACGAGAGGAUCAUCAGGUUGACGGUGAAUGGCAGACGGUCCGGAGGAAGAAUCGGAGGCGUCAACCUCUGAGAAUCCUUUCGACGCAUGAGAAUUCUUGCGGAACGGAGCAGCAGGAUCGCUUAGUUGCUGAUGCGGUGGUGAUGGAAAGUUCCAGUGGAAAUGAUGUUGAAAUGGACAAAAGGCCGAAGGUCACCGUUGCUGAGGCUUUUCGUAAUAUUAAUGUUACUCAGUUUGCUUCAUUCAUCGCUGAUAUCUCGGGAAUGUAUGAGAGGAUGCAUGAUGUGCAAUUGAUGAGAUUCACCGAUUAUUUCCGUACCGUAUUGGCAAAAGUUAGCCACUCGCAGUUCCCAUGGAUAGAGAUACUCAAGGAUUCUUCUGUAGCCAAAAUGGUCGAUAUUCCUCUUGUUGACAUACCUGAAGAGGUGUACAAGAUAUCAGUGGAUUGGCUCAGCAGUCGUGCUGUUGAUGCGCUUGGUUCUUUUGUUCUGUGGUUAUUGGACAGCAUCGUCGGUGAAUUUGAAAUCCAUCAAGGAGUUGCUAAGGCUACCAAAAAUGCAAUACCAAAAACACCUCCCAAAUGUCAGGUUGUCAUCUUUGUGGUUUUGGCAAUGAUACUUCGAUGCAAACCUGAUUUAUUGAUCAUUUUGUUGCCGAUAAUCAAGGACAGCGAAAAAUAUAAAGGACAUGAUAAGAUUCCUGUCAUGGUGUGGGUGAUCGCUCAGGCCUCUCAAGGGGAUUUGGGGGUGGGACUAUUCUUGUGCGUACACUUUCUCUUCAAUAUGCUUAAAGAUGAAUCAAGUUCCAAUAUGCAGUCCUGGGACUUCAUUUUACAAGUGAUUGAGAGAAUUGUAUCUUCCCCAAAGGCUCGAAUCAUUUUGCUAAAUCGUGCUGUUAGAAAGGGCGAGCGCUUGGUCCCUCCAUCAGCGCUUGAGUUUCUCAUGCGAACCACAUUUUCAGUUCAGUUCAAUGGAACUGAAAGACUUCAAGUUGUAUAUCCUACUUUAAAAGAGGUAGCAAUUGCAGCUCCCUCUGGAAGCAAAACAUUGAAGCAAAUUACGCAGAAGAUAAUGCUCUUUGCUAUUAAAGCUGCCGGAGAAGGUAUCGUCGCUCUAUCACAGGAAGCAGGUGACUUGUGUAUUUGGUGUUUAACUAUGAACCAAGAUUGUUACAAGCAAUGGGAAGAUAUUUAUUUGGAAAAUAUCGAAGGAAGUAUCCUUGUACUAAAAAAACUACUAGAUGGGUGGAAGGCGUUUUCUGUUAAGCAACAUACUCUUCAUCCCUUGAAGGAGAGCAUACAGAGAUUCAGAGUGAAGAAUCAGCAGGCAAUGGCUGGUUGUGAGAAUGCUGCCUAUCAAGCAUCUUUGAGAGUUGCUGAGAAAUACUGCAAGAUGCUAUCAGGAAAAAUAUCACCUGGCCAGAAAUACAUGAGAAUUUUUGUGCUUGCAGGCAUUGCAGGGAUUGUAGUGGGGAUCAAUGCAGCUUUCUUGUUCAAGGACUUGAAGUCUUCCGGUUAGGAGUAAAGUAUAUGAUUGUCACGGUAUGACUCUUGCAUGCUAGUGUUGCUUGUCUGCACCACAAACUAAGUUGCGAAAGGCGGCCAUAAGACAGUGGGUUGAGACGGAAGUUGGUUUUGGAAGAAUAUCCACUAACGCUUGAAGCAAUGUAGGCCGGUAAAUCUUCUCAAGGACGAGGCAAAAUAAUCUAUUGAUUAGCACCAUACAGAUAGCAGCAGCAGCAGGAAGAAAGUUGGGGAAUUCCGGAAAAAACAGAAACAAAAAAGAAUAAAGAGGAAAUGUUUAAGAUGAGUUGGUUACCUUGUUCAUGUAUCAUUUAUGCAAUUAGUCCUGAUGUCGUCUCUUAAGUU